AGGCCCUGAACCGGGUGAGCGGACUCCGCAGGGCUCACUGCUCGCGGCUGGAUCGCUGAGGAGCCCGUGGUGCGGGAUUGGGGCGCGGCCACAGGCUCCGCCCGUCUGCCCGCCCCGCCCGGCUUGGGAGGUAGGCUGCAGCAGGGAUGUGUCUCGGCUCCCUCCGCAAGGGCUGAGAGCGCGAGCGGCGCGGACAAGCGAAGCCAGAGCGAAAUGUCAUCAGGGGAAUCGUACCAGGAGCAGCUGUCACAGUCAGAUCCAUCCCCCUCCCCAAACUCCAGUAGUUCCUUCGAGCUGCUAGACAUGGAUGUUGGCAGUUCCUACGAACCCGUUUCUCCACAUUGGUUUUAUUGUAAGGUAAUAGACUCUAAGGAACUCUGGAUUCCUUUCAACUCUGAAGAUUCACAGCAGCUGGAAGAAGCACAUGGCUCUGGAAAGGAUUGUAAUGAGAGAGUUGUCCCCACUGAUGGGGGCAGAUAUGAUGUCCAUCUCGGGGAGAGGAUGCGGUAUGCCGUGUACUGGGAUGAACUACCAUCAGAAGUGAGACGGUGCACGUGGUUUUACAAGGGAGACAAAGACAAUAAGUACGUCCCCUACUCCGAGAGCUUCAGCCAAGUUUUGGAGGAUACAUAUAUGCUUGCGGUAACUCUGGAUGAAUGGAAAAAAAAACUAGAGUCUCCAAACAGAGAAAUUAUUGUAUUACACAACCCAAAGCUCAUGGUGCAUUACCAGCCAAUCACAGGGUCUGAUGAAUGGGGUUCAACAUCCACUGAGCAAGGUCGGCCAAGAUCAGUAAAAAGAGGCGUUGAGAGCAUCCCUGUUGAUAUUCACUGUGGGGAACCUUUACAAAUAGAUCACUUAGUGUUUGUAGUCCAUGGGAUUGGACCAGCUUGUGAUCUCCGUUUUCGAAGCAUUGUUCAAUGUGUUAAUGAUUUUCGAAGUGUUUCCUUGAACCUGCUACAAACACAUUUUAAGAAAGCCCAAGAAAACCAGCAGAUUGGAAGGGUAGAGUUCCUUCCGGUCAACUGGCACAGCCCUUUGCAUUCUACUGGAGUAGAUAUAGAUCUGCAGCGGAUAACCCUACCCAGCAUCAAUCGCCUUAGACACUUCACUAACGAUACAAUUCUGGAUGUCUUCUUCUACAAUAGCCCCACCUACUGUCAGACUAUUGUGGACACAGUAGCUUCUGAAAUGAACCGAAUAUAUACACUUUUUCUGCAGAGGAACCCUGAUUUCAAAGGGGGUGUAUCCAUUGCUGGUCAUAGUUUAGGUUCGCUUAUAUUGUUUGAUAUCCUAACAAAUCAGAAAGAUUCUAUUGGGGAUAUUGACAGUGAAAAGGGUUCAUUGAGUACUGCUGAGGAUCUAGGAGAUGUAUCAACAUUAGAAGAAGAACUGAAGAAGCUUCAGCUCUCUGAGUUUGUCACUGUCUUUGAGAAGGAGAAAGUUGACAGAGAAGCUCUGGCUUUAUGUACAGACAGAGAUCUUCAGGAAAUGGGGAUUCCCUUAGGACCCAGAAAGAAGAUACUGAACCACUUCAGUGCCACAAAGAGUUCAGUGGGUAUUAAUAGACCAACCAUGUCAGCUUCUGAGGUAAAUAUCCCCAAGGAAAAAGGUGACUAUUUGGAUGUUGGAAUUGGGCAGGUGUCUGUAAAAUACCCCCGGCUUAACUACAAACCAGAAAUAUUCUUUGCCUUUGGAUCUCCCAUUGGAAUGUUUCUUACUGUCCGAGGAUUAAGAAGAAUUGAUCCAAAUUAUAAAUUUCCCACAUGCAAAGGUUUCUUCAAUAUUUACCAUCCUUUUGAUCCUGUGGCAUAUAGGAUUGAACCAAUGGUGGUCCCAGGAGUAGAAUUUGAGCCAAUGCUGAUUCCACAUCAUAAAGGCAGGAAGCGGAUGCACUUAGAACUGAGAGAGGGCUUGACCAGGAUGAGUAUGGACCUGAAGAACAACUUGCUGGGUUCACUGAGGAUGGCCUGGAAGUCUUUCACCAGAGCUCCAUACCCUGCCUUACAAGCUUCAGAAAUGGCAGAAGACACUGAGGCAGAAUCCGAACCAAGUUCAGAAAAGCCCAGUGACGCCAACACAGAAGAGCCUCCUGUGGAGGUCAAAGAGGAGGCUCCCAUCAAUGUGGGAAUGCUGAAUGGAGGCCAGCGCAUUGACUAUGUGUUACAGGAGAAGCCCAUUGAGAGUUUUAAUGAAUAUUUAUUUGCUCUACAAAGCCAUCUAUGCUACUGAGUUUGAGAGAUGGAGGUACGAGGGUCAGGAGCUCAAGGCCAAAUGCUGCUGCAUUUCAAGUUGGAGACCAGCCUGGGGUACGAGACCCUGUCUCAAAGCCCAAAAGCUGGACAGAAAAGAAUGAACCCUCCUAGUCUGGAUGAAAAUUUUUCUGAGUGGUUUGAAAUUCAAAGGAAGAUGAAUAAUUUAGAGGAGGGAGCGGAGGGAGGGAAGGAGGGGAGAGAGCACGCAAGAGCUUUGUCUCCUGCCAAGCUAGUAAGUUACAUGCAGCUGUCAUAUUUCUUGUAGCAAUGAAAAGAAAGGUUUCUUUUGAAAUGUAGAUAGACAUUUCUUCUGCCUUGUCUACUGAUAUUUUUCUAAGUUUCUUCACUCCUUUAGACAUAAUGUUCCACUUUUUUUUAAAGAUUUAUUUAUAUAUGUAUAUGAAUGUUCUGUCUUCCUGCAGAAAGGGGUAUCAGAUCCAAUUAUAGAAUAUUUUGAACCACCAUGUGGUUUCAGGGAAUUGAACUCAGGACCUCUGGAAGAGCAGUCAGUGCUCUUAACCACUGAGCCGUCUCCAGGCCAGUGUUCUACUUUAUUAGUUCAUCACAGUUGUGAGUCAGUCCUCUGCUGAUAGACCUCUUACUUUUUACAGCAAGUCCACGUUGCUUCUCCACUCAUGAGUCUUACUUACAAAUAGAAUUGCUGGCGUAAAGACUGUAUGCAUUUGUAAUAUUUGGUAAAUGCUGCCAAACAAAAGUUGUCCUUUACAAAAGCAUUUAUCACAUUUAUUUAUUAGUGUUUGUAUAUGCAUGUGGGCCCUGGUGACCUGACUCAGGUCAUCCAUCAGUUUGUCAGCAUCGCUGACUCAUCUCCCUACCCCAGAUUGUCCAUUUUUACAUUCUCAUCAUGUACAUGUUACAGGGUUUCCCCAUAGCUUUCUAACAAGUGUUUUAAGAAUAGAUUUUUGUGUGUGACCUAUGUACAUGUUUGUGUGCACAUGUGCAUACAGGCACAUGUAUACUGUCUAUACUUGGAGGCCAAAGGUCAUGGUCAGUGCCUUUCUGUAGUGUCUACGCCUUAUUUUUUUUUUUUUGAGACAAGGUCUCCUGAAGCUGGAGCUCCCUGAUUGAUCAGGCUGGGCUGUCUAGUCAGUGAGCUCUUGGGAUAGACUGGUCUCACUUUCCCCAGGCUCCUUACCCAGGUGCUGAGACUGUAGGUAUGUCUCCCAACCUGGCUUUCAUGUGGCUCCAGACAUGCCAACCCAGAUUCUCAUGCUAGUGCAACAAGCACUUUACAGGCUCACUGGUCUCCCCAGUCUCCUUCCCAACUUAGUCUUAUCAACUUAAAAUUUUGACAAUUUGUUGGUUGUAAGAUGUAUAAUAAAGUGAAGAUAUUUCAGGUUCACAAAUUUGAGUUUCAUGAUCUAUGAAGCCAUUACAGUAAUCAGUACAUGACUCAUCACUGAAAAGUUGACCCCACAUCUCCAGGAAUUGACCUGCUUGUUACUGUAGUGUGCGUAUGUAUGACCUCUGUUUGGACUCCAUCUUAGUAACUUCUCAGUUGCUGGGACAAAGCACAACAAUCAAAGCAACAUAAAAGAAGCAGUUUAGUGGGAAUCUGAGUCUGUGACCAUCAUGGCGAGAACAUGCCAGCAGGCAUGGCUCUGGAGCAGUAGCUGAGAGCUUAUAUCUUAAGACAACAGCCAACACAAGGCAGAGGGAGAAAGCUAACUGGAAAUGUUGUGGGCUUUUAAAACCUCAAAAUCCACCUCAGUGAGACACCUUCUCUAACAAGGUCACACCUCCUAAUCCUUCUCAAGUAGUUCCACCAGCUGGGGACUAAGUACUCAAACCAACAGACCUGUGAGGGCCAUUCUCAUCCAAACCACAGAAUCAGAAUAUAUCUACUGUUUUGGUUAAGCUUCCCUGGAGGGAAUUAUUUCAAGAUCUAUCCAUGUUAUGCAUAUAAUUCAUUCCAAUUUAGUAAGUAAAUGAUCAGUAUUUCUACUCUGUGUGUGUGUGUGUGUGUGUGUGUGUGUGUGUGUGUGUGUGUGUGUGUGUUUUGAGAUAACGUCUCACUGUUUGGAACAGAUUGACCUUUAUGAGAUCCUUCAUCCUCCUGAGUACUGCUUUUGGCUUCAUAUUUGACAACUCUUCCCUUUUAUUUCUCUCACUUUCUUCCCUCCUUCCCUCCCUCCCUCCCUUCCUCCCUCCUUCCCUUCCUCCCAUUGUUUUGACACAGAGUUUCUCUGUGUGGUCUGGCAGUCUUGGAACUCACUCUGUAGACCAGACUGGGCCUGAACUUAGAUUUGCUUGCCUGUGCCUUCCAAGUGAUAAGGUUAAAGGCGUGUGCCACCAGUUCCAGCCAGUGGCUCUGCUUAUGAAAGUGGUUGAGCCUCUUGAUAUAAAUAUAAGGGCCAUUUUUAUUUCCUUCUCUGGGAAUUACCUAUAUUCUUUAUUUUCACUUCUGACUUAGUUAUGUUUUUACUGCUGUGAUGGCACCAUGACCAAGGCAGCUUAUAAAAGAGAGCAUUUAACAGGGGCUUGCUUAAAGUUUCAGGGAUUUGGUCCAUUAUCACCAUGGUGGGGAGCAUAGUGGUGGGCAAGCAUGGUGCUGUAGGAGUACCUGAGAGAGCACAUCUAAUCUGAAUGGUAUGGGCAGAAGGAAAUACUAGGCCUAGCGUACAUUUUCAAAACCUCAAAGUCCACCUCCAGUGGUACACCUCUUCAACAAGACCACAUCUUGUAAUCUUUCUAAACAGUUCUGCCAGCUGAGGGCCCAGCAUUCAAACAUAGGAGCCUGUGGGGGCCAUUCUCAUUCAAACCAUCUCACCCUUUAUUUUCUUUAUACUGAAAUAUUGAGACUUUGCAUUGAUUGAUGUUUAUUAUAUGAGCUAUACAUGCGUAUUCCCCAGUUUGUAUUUGAUAUUGCCUAUAUUGUCUUAUUUUAUUCUUAAUUACGUAUGGGUAAAUACGUGUGGGUAUGUCCAGUUGCCCACAGAGAUCAGAAGAGGGCAUCAGAUUCCCUGAGUCAGAGUUACCAGCAGUUGUGAGGUGCCAGUGUCAGCGCUGGGAACUCUGCUUUAGCAAGAAAGACUGACUUACAGUCUCACUACAGAGCUGUCUUUCUAACCUCUGUAUGCAUGUUUGCUAAAUAGAAAUUUUUUGUCAGACUUCUUGAUCUAUGGGUUUUUUGUUUUUUGUUUUUUCCCAGACAGUCUCACUGUUCACAGCCUUGGCUAGCCUGGAAUUCCAUCCAUAAGACAGGUUGGCCUCAAAGUCAGAAAUCCACGUUGUCUGUGCCUCCCAGUCCUGGGGUUAAAGGCUAUGCCACCAGACUGGCUUGUGUCAUAUUUAGAUCUUUCUUGUUUCCUAUCCCUGAUACAUAGUCCAUUCUGAUAUUUUAUAGUCUCAUUUUUAUAGUCUCAUAUUUUCAUGUAAACUUGGAUUCAUUUCUAAUUUUGGUCUUAUGUGAAUAUCUUAGUCACAGUUUCUGUGGCUGUGAUAAAACUCAUGACCAGAAGUGGCUUGAAGAGGUCAGGGCUUAUCUCAGCUCUGGCUCUCAAGGUGCCCUGUGUCACUGACCAAGAGAAGUCAGGGCAGGAAGUGAAGCAGAGGCUUACUGCUCACUGGCUUGCUCCUGAUGGCUUGUGUCAAGGUGACAGCUCGUCAGCCAACUGCGUGGGAAAGAUCCAGGUCAUGUUUUUUUCAUGUGUUUAUUUGUCUCAGCAAUACUGGAACUUGGCAUUCUACCUUUCUGAAAUUCCUUUUUGUUUCACAGUCUCACUUUGUAGCACUGGCCUUUGUGGAACUUGUGUAGAACAUCUAGCCUCAGACUUACAGAGAUUUGUCUGCCUCUGCCUCCCAGUGCUGGGUUUAAAGGCGAAGGCCACCACACCCCUUUAUAUUUAUUUUUAUUUCAUGUGCAUUGUUUUGCCUACAUAUAUGUCUGUGUGAGAAGAGUUAGAUCCCCUGAAAUUUGAGUUAGACAGUUGCCAUGUGGUCCUGGGAAUUGAACCCAGGGCCUAUGGAAGAGCAGGCAGUGCUUUUAACUACUGAACCAUCUCUGCAGUCCCUGGAGUUCUCUUUUUAACGUUUUUACUUUAUUGUAUGUGCAGGAGUGUAAGUACCUCUGUUUUGCAUACAUAUGGACGCUAGAGGACAACUUUCGGGAGUCGGUUGCUGCUCUCUACUUUGCUGAGAUGUGGUCUCUUAAUUCUGCCACUGUGUUCCACAUACUGUAGAAUGGCAGGCCUGAGAGUGUCUAGCAGAUUAGCCUGGCUCUUCUCACCUCACCAUAGGAGUACUGGGAUCACAGACGCACAGCAGACAUAUGGCUUUGGGGAUCAAACUCUGGGCCCUUUUUUUUUUUUUUUUUUUCCUUCGGAGCUGGGGACCGAACCCAGGGCCUUGUGCUUGCUAGGCAAGCACUCUACCACUGAGCUAAAUCCCCAACCCCUGGGCCCUUCUUUCACAGCAGGCAUUUUACCCACCAAGCCAUCUCCAGGCCUUUAUAGGGUUUAUUAGGCUGAGAGACCCGCAUGUGGAAUUUUUUUUUAAUUAUUUAUUUUAUUUUAUAUACAGCAUUCUGCCUGCAUAUGUGACUGCAGGCCAGAAGAGGGCAUUGGAUCUCAUUACAGAUGGUUGUGAGCCACCGUGUGGUUGCUGGGAAUUGAACUCAUGACCUCUGGAAGAGCAGUCGGUGCUCUUAACCGCUGAGCCAUCUCUCCAGCCCCCGCAUGUGGAAUUUUGGGACAUGAGGUUUUAAGAUAAUCCCACUUAUAAUUAUAUAUGUGUGUGUGUGUGUGUGUGUGUGUGUGUGUGUGUGUGUGUGUGUGUGUGUGCGCGCGCGCGUGUGGUCUUUCCUUGAGAGAAAUCCACAGAUCUCAUUAGAUUGUUUGAUAAGAGGAUUUAUGAUUAAAAAGCAGAACCACAGAUCUCAAGGAACAUGUUAUAUCCUUAAGGCAGUCAUUUAUGAAUGUUACCACUUAUAAUCAGACUUCUUUAAAAGUAAGUAACAUUUUGUUGCCAGCAAUCCCAGUGCUGGAAGGAACAGGCACUUGGACAUCUGAGCCUGAGGCCAGCCAGAGCUACCACUUGUGAUCCUGUCUAAAAAUAAAACAAAAUAUAAACAAAAAAUCCCCAAAACAAAAAAAAGUAUUUAUUUUUAUUUUGUACGCAUUGAUGUUUUGCCUGCAUGUGUGCAUGUACAAGGGCAUUAGAUCACCUAGAACUGGAACCAUCGACAGUUGUGAGCGGCCAUGUAGAUGCUGGGUAUUGAGCUCGGGUCCUCUUGAACAGCCAGUGUUUUCAGCUGCAAAGCCAUCUCACCAGUCCAGACUCUUUUUUAUUUUUUUAAUGAAUACAUUCAAGAUUUUUUUUCUGAUAAAGGAAAAACAUUCUGAUAUUUCUAUGUAGACAUCCAAAAUUGCUUUAAGACUUUUUUUAAAAUUUAUUUAUUAUAUAUGAGUCCACUGUUGCUGUCUUCAGACACAGCAGAAGAGGGCAUCAGAUCUCAUUACAGAUGGUUGUGAGCCACCAUGUGGUUGCUGGGAUUUGAACUCAGGACCUCUGGAAGAGCAGUCAGUGCUCUUAACCGCUGAGCUAUCUCUCCAGCCCUCUCCAGCCCCUUCUUAAGGAUUUGGGAUUUUCCAUGAAGAUUAGACUGGGAUUUUUCUGCUACAAAUACAGUUUCUUUAAUGGACAUGUAAUAAUCACUUAAGAUUAUUCCUUCUCAACUGAGUUUGAUAGUUUAGCCCAUUUGUUGGUUCUUGAUAAGAGAAUUAAGCCAGUUUUAUUGGCAUUCAAGAAAGAAACCAGCAAAGCAGGCUGCUUCAGGAGGGAAAUAGACAAGAGAAUCAGGUUUUCUCAGUUUGAGGCAAGAAAGAUAGCUGGAUCAUGAUAGUAUAUGUCUAUAAUUUUAGCACUUGAGGAGUCUGGAGCAGAAAGGUAUCUGCAAGUUCAAAGCCAGGGUCACAUAGCAAAAUGUCUGAAAAGAGAAAAUUGUAAAGAACACAGCAAGGCUCACAGUGGGAGUUUGCUGGUUGCUGGAUGUCGGGGAUCGGAUAUCAAGACAGUGAGAAAGAGUCUCAAGAGUCUCAAGCAUCAGGGCCCGGGGCUGGUGUCCAGGAGAGACAAGAUGAAAGGAAAAGGACUCUGUAACCCAGAAAGUGGUUAUAAAAUAUGCAUAUUACAUUAUUUUUUCUCAAUGUAUGGGCUAUAUGUGUGUAUGUGAAUACCUGUAUGCCCAUAUGAGGGGACUAGAGGACACCGAUUAUCCUGCUCUGUCAUUCUCUACUUUAUUCCUUUGAGGCAGAAUCUCUUAGUGCAUCUGGAGUUAGGUUAGUGGCCAGGAAGUCCCAGCAAUCCUCCAGUGUCAGCCCUCACUAUGCUGUUAACUGUGCACAAGCAGGGUAAGCAGUCUGACUAUUCACGUCAGUGUGGUGUUCCAAACUCAGAUCUCCAUUCUUGCUCAGCCAGCCGUCUAGCCACAGAGCCAUAUCGUUAACGUCCAUUUGAUGUAUUUGGAAUUCUGGGUCAUACAAUUUUAUUGCCUUUUCCAAAAAGCAAAUAAAAGUUUGAAAAUGAAGGCGAUCAACUGGAUGGCUCCUCACUGUUGUUUCAAGACCACUUUUCUAGAGCUAAGAAUGGUGGUUUAUGCUUGGAAUCCUGGAGUCAAGGGGCUGAGGUCGGAGGAUUUCUGUGAAUUCAAGAGCAGCCUAAGCUAUAGAAUAAGUUCAGGCACAGCGUGGGGUCGAGUGAGACCUGCCUCAAGCAAGCGCGGCUCUGUGGACCCCUUGUCAUUUACUACCUUUAUGAGGGAAGAUACCAGGACCCUUAACUCUUGGGUUUUCAGACACAAUGCUUCGCAGACCGCUUCCCAAACCACUAACAAUGCACCUCUAAGGCACAUACUUUUACAGCAGUUAAAAAAUAAAUAAAAA